GCCCUCUGGGCCGCGACAGGCCCCUUGGCCUAGGCUUCCCCAGUUCCUGGUUCGCCGGCGGCCAUUUUGGGUGGAAGCGAUCUCUGAGUGGCGGCGGCUGCUGAUUGUGUUCUAAGGGUCGGAGUGGGGUCGACGUUUGCUCUACCGGAACAGCUUAGCUCAUUCCUUCCCUUCCAUUACCCGUGGCGCGGAGAGUUGGGGCGGCGGCUGCGUCAGCAAGGGCGGUGGCGGCGGCGGCAGCUGCAGUGACAUGUCCAGCAUGAAUCCCGAAUAUGAUUAUUUAUUCAAGUUACUUCUGAUUGGCGAUUCUGGGGUUGGAAAGUCUUGCCUUCUCCUUAGGUUUGCAGAUGAUACGUAUACGGAAAGCUACAUCAGCACAAUUGGUGUGGAUUUCAAGAUACGAACUAUAGAGUUAGACGGGAAAACAAUCAAGCUUCAGAUAUGGGACACAGCAGGCCAGGAAAGAUUUCGAACAAUCACUUCCAGUUAUUACAGAGGAGCCCAUGGCAUCAUAGUUGUGUAUGAUGUGACAGAUCAGGAGUCCUUCAAUAAUGUUAAACAGUGGCUGCAGGAGAUAGAUCGCUAUGCCAGUGAAAAUAGUGGGAAAUAG